CGUCGUGCGCUGCUGGACCCCGGCCCGGCCGGCGUCGGGGCGCCCCGGCCGGGGGACCUGUUGAAGGCGCUCGCCGGCUGGCGGGGUCCCCACGGCCUGUCCCCAGGCUCCUUAGUCUCACUUCCCCUUCCUCGUCGCCCCUCUCUGUCUCCUCGCGGUCAUUUUCCUAAUUGGACAGAGCUGUGGGGUGUGAUCGCCGGCGUCAGACUAGGGGGCCAGGAGGCUGCCGGGUGAGCGCGGGGACCCGGGGACCGACGGGGCAGCCCCUACAAGCGCGCGGAUCCCGCAGAUCCGGCCCUGGUGCCACCGUCCCCCUAACUGCGGACUUGCUAACUACGAUGCCCUCCUAGCCAGCCGCCGCGGGAUGGAGGGCUUCAUGGACUCAGGGACACAGACGGAUGCCGUGGUGGUGCUGUCCUUGGCUCAGGCCGCCGUGCUGGGCCUGGUCUCGGAAAAUGAGCUCUUUGGAGCCACCAUAAGCGCGGAAGCCUUCUACCCGGACCUGGGGCCCGAGCUGUCCGGGUCGGCCAUGGGGGAGCCCGGGCCCCCAGGCCCCGACGUCUACCAGCUGGCCUGCAGCGGGAGGGCCCUGGAGGAACCGGCAGAAGAGGAGGUGCUAGAGGUGGAGGCGGCCUUCGAGAAGCACACCCGGCGGAAGACGCGACCGCCCGUGCGGCUGGUGCCCAAGGUCAAGUUUGAGAAGGUGGAGGAGGAGGAGGAGGAGCAGGAGGUCUACGAGGUGUCCGUGCCCGGUGACGACAAGGAUGCCGGCCCGGCGGAGGCCCCCGCCCAGGUGGCCGGCGGUGGCGGCGGCGGCGGCUGCGAGACCCUGGUGCAGAGCAGCGCCGUCAAGAUGAUCGACCUCAGCGCCUUCAGCCGCAAGCCCCGGACGCUGCGCCACCUGCCCCGAGCCCCGAGGCCGGAGCUGGACGCGGCCCCCUACGACCCCCACUUCCCCGACCCGGCGCGGGACGGCUUCCCGGAGCCCGGCAUGACGCUGCCCGGGCCGGAGGCCCUGCCCUCCGAGUGUGGCUUUGAGCCGCCCCACCUGGCCCCCCUGAGCGAUCCCGAGGCCGCCACCAUGGAGUCCCCGGAGCCCGUGAAGCCGGAGCAGGGCUUCGUGUGGCAGGAGGCGGGCGAGUUCGAGGCCGACGCGGCCGGCUCGACGGCAGAGCGCCACAAGAAGGCCCAGCUGGACCGGCUGGACAUCAACGUGCAGAUCGACGACUCCUACCUGGUGGAGGCAGGCGACCGCCAGAAGCGCUGGCAGUGCCGCAUGUGCGAGAAGUCCUACACGUCCAAGUACAACCUGGUGACGCACAUCCUGGGCCACAAUGGCAUCAAGCCGCACUCGUGCCCGCACUGCAGCAAGCUCUUCAAGCAGCCCAGCCACCUGCAGACGCACCUGCUGACGCACCAGGGCACCCGGCCCCACAAGUGCCAGGUGUGCCAGAAGGCCUUCACGCAGACCAGCCACCUCAAGCGCCACAUGCUCCUGCACUCGGAGGUCAAGCCCUACAGCUGCCACUUCUGCGGCCGCGGCUUUGCCUACCCCAGCGAGCUCAAGGCGCACGAGGUGAAGCACGAGAGCGGCCGCUGCCACGUGUGCGUCGAGUGCGGCCUGGACUUCUCCACCCUGACCCAGCUCAAGCGCCACCUGGCCUCCCACCAGGGCCCCACCCUCUACCAGUGCCUCGAGUGCGACAAGUCCUUCCACUACCGCAGCCAGCUGCAGAACCACAUGCUCAAGCACCAGAACGUGCGGCCAUUCGUGUGCACCGAGUGCGGCAUGGAGUUCAGCCAGAUCCACCACCUCAAGCAGCACUCCCUCACCCACAAGGGCGUGAAGGAGUUCAAGUGCGAGGUGUGCGGCCGGGAGUUCACCCUGCAGGCAAACAUGAAGCGGCACAUGCUGAUCCAUACCAGCGUCCGGCCCUACCAGUGCCACAUCUGCUUCAAGACCUUCGUGCAGAAGCAGACCCUCAAGACCCACAUGAUUGUACACUCACCUGUGAAGCCAUUCAAAUGCAAGGUGUGUGGGAAGUCCUUCAACCGCAUGUACAACCUGCUGGGUCACAUGCACCUGCACGCGGGCAGCAAGCCCUUCAAGUGCCCCUACUGCUCCAGCAAGUUUAACCUCAAGGGCAACCUGAGCCGGCACAUGAAGGUCAAGCAUGGUGUCAUGGACAUCGGCCUGGACAGCCAAGACCCCAUGAUGGAGCUGACAGGCACUGACCCCUCCGAGCUUGACGGCCAGCAGGAGAUGGAGGACUUCGAGAACGCCUACGCCUACGCCGGGGUGGACAGCAGUGCCGAGGCCAGCGUCCUCACCGAACAGGCCAUGAAGGAGAUGGCCUACUACAACGUGCUAUAGCACGAGUUGGGCCGCCCAGAAGGGGCGGGGAGGGCGUGGGAUGUGGGGGGAGACCCCGGCGCUGCGGGCUGCACCUGCCGCGGCCGAGAAGCUACUGCCCCACUGUCCCGAGCCCCCCCCCGCCCCCCACACACACACCAAGUCGUUUGCACCACUAGGGACUUUUCGACCAAAUGGAGACUGUACUACUGGCCUCAGCUGUGAACCAGGCACAGGCCCCAGGCAUCUGGGGAAGGAAGGAGAGCACAGAAGGCCCAGCUCUGGGUCUCCUUGGCCUGCUGCUGCGGGAGGGUGGGAGAAAUGCUGGUGGGGGCCGUCUGGGGCCAGGCCACAAGGGCACAGGUCCUCAGGUCUCUCCAGGCCCGGCAGAGGGAGAGGUCUCUCCAGGCCUGGCACUAGAGGAAGACAUAACUUGAGCCUGGCCUUGUUUCCCCUCUGGACCAACUCCUGCCUCUAAGGGAUGUUUGAGCUCCUGCGGUGGUCAGCACUGCCCCCCCCCAACCCGCCCCCUUCCCUGGGCUGGGAAACGCCCAGGCCCCAGAGCCCCCUUCCCCACCCUGUUCAUCAACAGCCAGGCAGGGCCCUCUGCCUUCUACCUCCUGGUGCCUCCCGAGCUCUCCGGGAGCCAGGCAUGCAUGCAGCCCCGGUCCUGGCCUCAGGAAAGCGGGGUGUAGCCCAGCCCCCAGCUAGUGCCCUCUCCAGCCAAUCCCCCGAAGGCCCCCACCUUCCAGCAGUUUGAAAGUGGGUGUCCCUAAAGUGGAUUUCAACAGAUGUCAUCCAGUUCUUUGUUGAACGGGUCACCGCACCAGGGUCCCCCGACGUGAGCAGAGCUGGGACGUGCCUUUCGCCGGGCACACGCUAAGACAGCCGGAAGCCCCUCAAGUGAGGGGCAGGGGACCGAGAGGGGCUGUCCUCAGAGGAGGCCAAGGACUCCACCUGGGGGGUGGCUGGAGUGUUGUAUUAUUAACAAGUAUCCAUGUUGAGGAAGUGGACAGCCAAGAGUCAACAGGUUCCCAAGAAGAGCAACAUAGUUAAAAAGAAAAUGAAGACCAUAGAGAAAAAAAAAUUUUUUUGAGCAAAAGGGGUAUUUUGAAGGUAAUUUAUUUUUUUUUUUCCUUUCCAAUUCUGUGUCGCCUAUUCUUUUCUGAUGGAGAUCAUUUUCUUUUUCCAAACGGAAGCUCCCUCGUGUGCUGUGCGUGCUUCAUGCCUCCUCCCCAACCUCGAGCGGCCGGCCGGGCAGGGCUCAGGCCUGGCUCAGGUGCGGAGGGGCCGGGGCGGGAGGAAGGAGGCGGGAGGCAGAGCCAGGCAGGCCCGUGCCGUGGCCCCUGCGCCGCCCCUCUGGCUGGUGACUCGCGUGGCACCACCCACCGCAGUGGCCGGAGCGGCUUGAUUCUGCUCAGCCCGCGGCUUGCUGCCUGGCUUGCCUGUUCUCCUGGCCUCUGUCCCCACACCCCCUCCUGCCCCGGGACCCCAGGACAGGCCCGGGGCACGAAAUGGCACAUUCAGGAACGCUAGGGCACCCAGACUCCUGCCCACUCGCCUCCUGAGGCCUCGGCGGGGAGGGGCAGGCAGCGCUGUCCCCAAAGGCGCGAAGGAGGUGAAGCCACCAACUUCAGCCCGGAAACCAGAAAAGGAGGGGUAACAGCCGGGGCGGGGGGUGGGGGACCAGUUGGAAAUGCAGCCGCCCCCAAAGCUGUAUCCUUAGCGAAGGACCAAGCCAGGCUUCAGGGUGGCUGUGAUCAGGACUGAGGGGAGGACAAGGUGGCCUCAGGAUCAGGCAGCCAGGUGCCCCUUCCUUCUCUGCUAAAGCUCGCUAACGCUAAGAGGCAGCAGACCAGAGGGCUGGGGGCUCACAGGAGCCUUUCCCCUCCAGAACCCCGAGGCGCCCCCCCCAGCCCCCCAGGUGCCCGCCAUGAUGACCCUCAGGUGGCAGUGACCCCGUCACUGUAGAAGACAUUUUCUCCUGCUGAGCAGAAGCCUCACCCCCUGCAAACUACCUCUUCCCACAAUGUCUUUCUCCCCUGGUACCAAAAAGAACCCUGUACCUCCUCCUCCUCCUCUUUCCUGCCAGUGCAGUGGCCUUGGUCGUGGAAACCCAAGGGAGAAGGGCUGGCCCCCAGGGCGGGGCUCUCCUUUCCUCCCCCAGCCCCGCCAUCAGCACCCGCCCUCUGCGAGGUUAGAUACUUGAACGCCCCCCUGCCCUGUGCCUUGGACCCGGGCAAAGCUAAGAGAAGGAAAACAGCACAACUCACACAUUUGAGCUGGGGGGUGGUCUCCGCAAGGCUCCCGUCCUCACCCCUCCCCCGACCUUUCAAGAGAGGCGCGCACGCGGCCUCUUGGGUGACUUGGAAACUCCUGGACAAAUUCCAUCCUAACUUAUUUUGACGUGUAUACAAACCAACUGUUUAGAAUUUCCACUUGUGCAAAGCCCUACUGUGUUUUUAUGUUCCCGUUUAAAAGAGAAGUUUACUUAGCAAUAAUUAUAAAUAAAUGAAUAUUCUUUA